CCGGCAUUCUGACAUGCCUUGAUUGGACGGCCUAGUGGCCGUUGAAAGGGGAUCAGGCGCCACGGUAGUGCGUUGCGCAAGCAGGUUGGGAGGCCGUCGGCCUGUUUACCAACGGCUCAUCCGUUACCAGCCAUCUUUGACGGACCCGUGCAUGAACUGCAGAUCUGAGCAGACCCCUCAUCUUCCACUUACCACAACGGCUCCAGCACUAUCGUCAAACGUUCUGUGCUACGCUAUCUCGCCCUACCCCACAGCAUCGUCCAUGGGGCGCCGUAAACAGCAAUCGAGGUGAACGUCCUCAGCAACACACUCGAGUCAGCACCACGCCAUGCACUCGUCCAUGGCGACGUCUCUGAUGCAACUUCAAUGGCCCGUUCUUUUGCACGUUUCACUCGUGCUAUCUGUUGUUGCCGCUCAGAUGCCAUACAAUCCGACUCGAUUGCUCCAUAACAACGACCAUGUCUACGUGUUCCAGCCAUCGACCCAGUCGUCCACGCAAUUCCAGCUAGGCUCCAUCGACGUCUCGUCCAACAUCAAUGCCGCCAAACUGCCAUACACGACACUGUACCCGACUCUGCCAUUCCUGGACGACAAGAACCCACGAGCGUUUACACCAGUCCUCGACGACGAUGGAAAUCUUACCGUAUACACGGGCAACUGCUCUCAGGGUGCGGCCGGAGGUGAAGUCUGGAGCUUUACUCCAGCUUCAGAAAGCAGCCAGAGUAGUUGGCUGCAGCAGGACGUGUCCGUCGCGAAUGACAAGCACGUGUCAGUAUUAGGCGCAAACUACCUCAGCAACGGCAUCUCGUUCUCUAGCAUCGUUGGAGGAGAUGCUGCUAAUACCGGGGCCUACUUGUUCGGUGGUAUGUGCCCGCAGGCAGGGCAUAGCGCCACCAAUGACUGGCAGUCGGCCGCAAAUUAUUCGAACCUUAUGCUCACAUUGACACCGUCUAACAACAAAGACAGCGCUCUUACGUACCAGAUGGAUGUCUCAUCAAGCCGAGGACCACCGAUACCAGAAGCUGGCUUUACAAUGACUGGACUGCCGCCAACGUACUCGAAUCGUAGCGAUGGAUCGCAAACACAGCAGCAAAAUUUUGUUUUGAUAGGCGGGCAUACCAGCGCUGCCUUCAUCAAUAUGUCACAAGUUGCCUUGUUCUCUCUGCCAGAGCAAGGAUGGACCUUCAUAGGCGUCCAGCAGCCAGAGACACCGCACGCUGAUCUUACUCUACGCGAUAUUACCACCGUCGACCCACGGUCAGGUCACACUGCUGUGUUGUCAUCAGAUGGGCAACAAAUCGUGGUCUAUGGCGGCUGGGUUGGAGACAUCAAUUCACCAGCGGAACCUCAACUGGCUAUCCUCAACAUUGCGAAUGGUUAUGGCGGCGACGGCACGUGGGAAUGGGUAAUCCCAGACAGUUCCUCGGGCAGCGGUCCACCAAGCGGCUCCAGUCUUUACGGUCAUGGCGCAGUCAUGCUUCAAGGCGGCGUUAUGAUGGUCACUGGCGGCUUUUCAAUCACCACAACCGGCUCGCGACGACGAAGAGCCACUUCUGCUCUGAACACUCAGACGUACUUCCUCAACAUCACAUCGAAUACCUGGAUAGAUGAUUACGUUUCGCCCUCCGGACUCUCAGACUCAAAACCGGUACAGACAGGGCCUUUGUCGAGUCCUGGCCAGAAGGCAGGGCUUGGUGUUGGGAUAGGAAUCGGAAUGGCUGCUGUAUGUGGUCUGUUCGCUUUCUACAUGUGGUAUACGAGGCGGCUUCACAAGCAACGAGAGCUGCGGGAGAAGCAGCUGCAGGAUCUCUCCUUCGCAGCUCAUAGGUACAACAUCGAUGACUAUUCUCCCGGAUUUGACGGUCGAGGAGGUCACGCGGAUGCAUUGGAGUAUCAGAACGGAUCUUACUAUUUCCCGCCAGGUGAACAGGGUGGCCAAGGCUGGAAGAGCUCACACGGACAAGAUGUUGAAAGAACAGGCCUCCUUCUCGAGAUUCCCAGCCCCACUCGUGGGCUACGACGCAGUCUCAGCGGGAGACCUGCUUAUGCCUUGGGUGCUACUCGCGGUCCAGGCCAGAUCCAUCCAAUCGACGAGCUGGAAGAAGACGAAGAAGAAGCUGAGAGGGCUACUGACAAGACACCUUUGACCGAAAGACAUGAAAUGAGUGAGCGAAGGGUCGAUCAAAGUUCGUCAGUCUUCGACACCGCACCGCAACUUGAUCCGUUCAAUGAUGCUCAGCAUCAGGGCAGAGCCAUCAAGACUUCGCCACGCUCGGUAUCUUCUUCUCCUAUUCUGGAGGACGUCCACGAUCACGACCAACUAAUGACUGAGUGGCCUGGGCCGAGCCCAAUUGCGAAUCGCCGUUCGAAUACAGUUUCGAGCGGCCGUCUCUCUCCAGACAAAGCGUCAUCGGAUGAACGUACGAAUUCCAAUCUCAGUGAGAGGAGUACACUAUCAAACCUAUCAUGGACAUCUUCGCACGGCAGUCUCGCGAGAAGCACGUCCUUGCGUGCCAUGACCAUCACGACUGCGCAUCAAGCCAAUCCAUUCAAAACUCCAGAUGCUAGUCCAACGCACGAUAGGCCACGCAGAUAUAGCGAAAGCAGUAGAAAGGCCCAGGCACACCUACGGACACAGUCUUUCAGCAGUGUGCGUAGCAAUGGAAAUCCCGGUGUUGAUACAUCCAAGACUGUACACGCUUCUUUCGCACACCUCCAAGCCGAAGGUGAGGCACUACUUGGUGGUAAUCCGGAGCAGGUUCGUCCUGGCACUUCAUCGACCUCAAAUGGGUCGAAUUCAUUGGGGGCCACAGAAGCAAAUAACAGUCGCGCUACAACAGCCACACCGGCGACUUCUCAUGCGUUGGAAAUGUCACGCCCUGGGAGUCGAGACGCGAGGAAGAGUUGGUUAGGCAGUGUACGAAGAGUGCUUCGCAGGUCGACCUCAGGCGCUGACCGAACUCGAUCUCUCACCAACACCGUCUCAUAUCAUGAGCCGUAUACAGAUCACCCUAUCUCGCCAGUUGAGGCUUCGGCGACUGACAAUCGAAAGUCUUUCCCGUCUAGUCAAACGCCUCGAAGGGCAGCAUCGGAUGCGACAUUCUGGAAGAGCAGAAGAGGCCAACAUGAUUGGGAAGAAGAGCUGGAAAGCAGAUGGGCGCGAAACAGUGGUGAUGAUUGGGGCGCGCCAGAGGAUAUUGCUCGCGCCGAGAAGGAUCGCCUGCGACAGGAGUGGCGGGAUAGAGGCAACUUGCUGGUCAACCUAACCUCUGAUGACGAGCUACCUACGCCGCGCACACCAAUAGCACCGAACGAGCUUGGCAUCCCAAGCGUCAGUCAACGUCCUUGCACUCCCGCCGAUGAAGGGGAUUGGGACGUCGAGGCUGCCGUUGAACGCCGUGUUGUUCAAGUCAUGUUCACUGUGCCCAAAUCGAAGCUUCGAGUCGUAAAUGCCGACCCUGAUGGGUCAAGCAUCCUUUCACUGCCUCGUGAGAAUUCGAGAGAGGGCGACGAUUUCUUGAAAGGAGAGGCAAGCGGCUCACCCAGUCGAGUGAAGGAUCUUGCCGGCAGAUUUGAGCAGAUGUCAGGAUCGAAGGUCUCGUCUUCUCGCAUAACCCCCAGAGCCAGUCCAGUUCCAAGUCCCUCUCCCAGUAUCAGAAGUAUGAAAAUUCGGGCGAAGAGAAGUUCAGCAUCUUUGAGCACCCAAGUUAUAGGACAGAGCGGUCUGACGAAGCCUCUGGCCGAGUUGAAGGCGAAGGACAAUAUCGUUGAGGAAUAAUACCCUAUAGGCACGGAGUAUUCAGGCGUUAGAUGAUUUGAUGGUAUAUAUGCCAUAGACUGGAAGUUGGCGCUCUUUGUCGGUUCUUCACGGUGUAAAUGAAUUAGCGUUUGGUGUCAGUGCGGCGUUAAGCUGUUGGCCAUGGUUUUGUCCAGGCCAAAGAUUUUUGACGUUGCACAAGCAACGUUAUCACGGUAUAUAGCAGUAUAUGCACAACCUUUUCACCCAUAAUG